UGAGAUUUUUUUCUUUCUCUUCAGUGUCUCUUCCAUUUUGCUUUUUCAGCUGGUUGGAGGAAAUCUAGCAGCAUCAAUUGCGCUAAAAAGUAAGAACCCUAGGAGUGUUGCGAGAGCUACAAGCGAAGAAAAAGGGAAGAGAGAAAGGAAAAAAUCAUUUGCAGAAUAUUAAUUUCAGUUCUGAUGAUUUCAUGUACAGAAUCAUCUAUUUCAGUCGUUUCAUUUGAUUUAGAUACAGGCAUAUUCUGUGAGGAGAAAGCUCAGAAAGUGUAAUGCAGUAGAACUUCAAUGGCGGAUGAGUAGAACAGCAGUUGAACCUGUUUUCUAGAGUUCUGAUUGUAAUUUUAAGUUUCUAUUUGAUUUUCCGCGGAUUCGAACUCUUUGUAUUGAAGAUAGUGAUUUAUCUUCCAUGUUUUGCCAAUCGGGAGCUCCAAAGGGUUAGGUUUUCAGAAUUUGUCGACAUAAAAGUGCUUCUUUGUUGCUUUGGAGACCUGAGACGAUUUUUGAAGGGCUACUCGAUUAGUUAUGUCACCAGCUGCAUUUCCCCAAGGAUGUCCUAAAGUUCCUCCACUGAACUGUAGUAUGGAAUCAUCUCCAAAGAUCUCGGUCAAAGUGGGCAUAUGCCAAACGUGAAUACCCCGAAAGCCAUGGACAGAACACCUAGUGGAGAUACCCAAUCUUGAGAGAAAUAAUUGCCGUGAGGCAAGGGCGAAGAAUUUAUUUUUAGUUUCCUGAGGUGAAAAUUGCAGAAACUUUUUGGCAUUACAAGGCUUGUUUCAUUUAUGUUCUGAUCUUGGUAACAUUAGCAGCAUCAUGAUAUCUCAACAGAGAAUAGAGAAUGCUAUCAGUACUCAUUGAAUGAAAUGAAGACCCUACAGGAUUCACAGAGCACACCAGAAGUACAAUCCUCAACACAGGUGUCUCAUGAGUCACACAGUGAUCAACAGAAUAAUACAGCAGCUGAGGCUCCGACUGCAGACUCAGGCUCAAUAUCGCUUUCAAGCAGUGAUAACAGGAAGGUUUCACGUCAAGAUAUUGAAUUUGUCCAGAAUUUGAUAGAACGUUGCUUACAGUUGUAUAUGAAUAGAGAUGAAGUGGUUAAAACCCUAUUGCAUCGAGCAAAAAUAGAGCCUGGAUUUACUACUCUUGUAUGGCAGAAAUUGGAAGAAGAAAAUGCUGACUUCUUCAGGGCCUAUUACAUUAGGCUAAAGCUGAAAAAACAGAUCAUCAUGUUCAAUCAUUUACUUGAGCAUCAGUACAAUCUAAUGAAGUACCCUGCACCUCCAAAAGUCCCAUUGGCUCCGAUACAGAAUGGGAUUCAUCCCAUGCCUGUUAACAACUUACCUAUGGGGUAUCCAGUUCUACAGCAGCCUGCAAUUCCAGCAACAGGCCAACCUCAUCUCGAUUCCAUGGGCUGUGGGCUUUCCAGCUGCCAUGUGGUAAAUGGAGUCCCCGCCCCGGGCAAUUUCCAUCCCAUUCGAAUGAAUUCUGGGAAUGGUACAAUGAUGGAGAACAGUGCAGCUGAAGUUGCCCCUGUUAUCCCUCCAAGUAGUGCCAUGUCAUCCAUGUCAGAGAUGGCUGUGAGUCCUCCUUCAGUUGCAUCUAGUGGUCAUUUUCCCUUCACCCCAUCAGAGAUAUCAGGAAUGGGUGUGGAGCCAUCAGCAUUGGAAACUGCAUUUACAUCUGAUGUCACAAGUUCUGUAGGAUUGCAACUAGGACCAGAUGGUGGAGUUGGAAAUUCUAGGGAUUCCCUUCGAUCAUUGGCUCAGAUCCCUUGGAAUUUCAGUCUUUCAGAUCUUACAGCAGAUUUGUCGAACUUGGGAGAUCUUGGGCCUCUUGAUAACUAUCCUGGCUCUCCUUUACUGCCAUCAGAUUCAGACAUUUUGCUUGAUUCUCCAGAUCAAGAUGAUAUAGUUGAGGAGUUCUUUGUUGAUCCUGUCCCUGGGCCAUGCUCUCAGUCAGAUGAAGAGAGAUCGUAAAAGCUGCUUAGAAGCAAAGUACAGUCCUCUAAUCUCCGAAUAGUUCAAUUUCCAAUCAAGAAUUUGGUGGCCUUGAGAAGUCUUUUUGGGUAGGCAAAUGAUUAUGCAUAUUUAAAAAAUAUUAAUGAAAUCAGUAGAGUAGUUAUUUGAAUUUGGUUUAUGAGCUUGUCAAUAGGAAUUUAGUCACAGAUAGAACUUUGUGGACAUUCAAUAAUGUUUGUUGAGAAAACUCAAUACUGCCUAGUUUUUACCUCAGUAAUUUUUUUUCUUCGACUUGUA